AUGGCCAAGAGUCCUCGAGGCAACAAGCAGAGAGCAGCAGUAGCAGCAGCAGGCUCAGACGAGAAAGCCGCGUCCUCCAGCUUCCUGGCCGAGCUUGACCACGCACUGGAGAGCCGGCCAGUCAGUUGGUUACAGGCCGUGGAGUCUCUCAGUCAGAAUCCAUCAACUGAACCGCCAGGUCACGGGAUCACUAAGUCGAUCGAACAGACAACCAUUCACCACAACACAGAUCAGAAAGAUAACAACACAGCGGGAUGUGACGAAAGCAACACCGCCUAUGACAACGAUAUCUCUGAUUUCGAAAGCAGUGGUGCCACCAGACUAAUGGAGUCCGUUGGACAACCCACAGGCAGUCAAGAAGAUGUCUCAGUAGACAGGAGAUCUCGUACUGAGGCGAUUGACUUGCUCCGCGCGAGAACAGCCACUCGUUCGACUCCCACUUCAAGCCCAACCCCGACGCAGACCCCUUCGACACCUGUUGUGACGGUGGUUGAUACUACACCAGCCAACGCAGUUGAUUCAUCUCAUCUUCCUCCUACCUCCUCUUCAACCGAGAACCCAGCUUUUGAGCAGUCAGCCAGCCUGUCUGUUGCAUCAUCUCCCAAGGCUCUACCAUCCGAGCAGCCAGCGACCUCACCUCUUUCUCCAGGAUCUGAGGACAAACCUUCUGAUCACAUACUGAGUCCAUCUGUCUCAUCGUCUCCCAAGGAACAACCUUCUGCGGAGCCCCUGAGCUCGCUCGCUCCUGAAGCAUCUGUGGGUAUAUCCAGUGAGCAGCCAGUGAGCUCGCCUGCCAUAUCAUCACAGGAUAAGGAUUGUGAAGAGCCUUUGGACGUGUCGGCUCCCAUAACAUCUGAGAGUAAAUCUUCUGAGGCGCCAGUGGCCACGGCUAGACCUUCAACACCCGAGAACAAACACUCGAGCUUGCCAGCCCGUGCAUCUCCAUGUAAGGUUCAGACAUCGGAGCAGAUAUUGAGCUCACCUAUCCCUUCAGUUUCCGAAGACGAGCCUUCUGAACAGAGUUUGAGUCCACCUGUUUUUUCAAGCUCUGAUGAUAAGCCUUCUCAACAGCCUUUGAGCUUACCUGUCCCUUCGAAGACUGAAGACAAACCAGUCGGCUCAACUACCCCUUCGCCUCCCAAAGAUACCUCAUCUGAAAAACCAUUGAGUCCAUCCAUCCCCCCGAAACCUGAAGGCAAAUCUUGUGAACAAUCAAUCAGCUCAACUACCCCUUUACCACCCAAAGAAACCACCUCUGGAAAGCCAUCGAGCUCACCUCUCCCUUCGAGAUCUGAAGAGAAACCAUCUGACUCGAAUGAUCCUUGGACAUCUGAAGACAAGCCUCCCGAACAUCCACAGCCACAAAUUCCACCCCUUCCAGCCUCCUCAUCUCUUCUCACCCGGCCAUCCGAGCCAGAACAGAGCCCAUCUCAAGACCACUCCCCCCAGCAACCCCAGCCAACCGCACCCACCCCAAAGAUGGAGCCUACCAAGUCAUCCAAGAAGGCCAAAAAGAACAAGGCCAAGAAGAACAGAAAGAAGGCCAAUCGUGCGGCAGCAGGAGGUAGCGGUAGUGGUAGUGGUGGCGGUGGAAGAGCAGGCACAGGAGCUGCCGAAUCGAGCAAUCUAUCCACCAGCGGACAGAGCGAAGUCUCGAACGCGACGACCGCCCUGACCAAGUCUGUCAACGAGCACGAGCUAUCAGCGAAAGAAGCAGAGACCAACAAGGACAGCAGCAACAACGGUAGCAGCAGCAGCAGCCGCCACGAGGCUAAAGCACCAGCAACUUGGAACAAACUACCUGAGCUCGCCAGCAACACGAGCAGAAUCAACAAGUCGGACAUCAAGCUGAGUGCUGCCGUUGCUGCUGCUGCCGCCGCUAUUGCUCAGAGUAGAGGCAGUCGAAAUCUCAGAGUCCAUCCGGAUACUACCGCUGCUGCUUCUCAGGAUCAAGGCGACAGGAUUCACGAUCCAGAGACUGCUGCCAAGAUAGUAGCCAUCCAGGCGGCCAUCGACAGGCUACAAGCCAUACAGCAAAACCCGUCCGAGUUCGUCGAGCCGAUAGAGGGGCUGCUGAGAAUCGAGACGCCACCCGGUCAGUCCUGCCCGAGUCCCUUGUUGGCCAGUGCGAAAAUCGCGAACAUCACCGUGGCGCCCUGCCGUGGCCGGCCUGGGGCUGCAAGGUCCGAGGUGCCUACCAAGACCGACGGGGAAGAGUCGACUCUCACGAAGGGAUCGGGCAAGGAAACUGAUUCUCCACCUCCGUAUUCGAGGGAUCCUGCGCCAACCACGCCUCAGAGCAACACUGUCACCACUCGAACCGGGCUCACCCCCAUCCAGGAAGCCACCGCCGAAGGCCAGCAGGAAGGCAAAGCGGGUCAAGGUGAUACCCAUAAAUCCGGUACUCAGAAAGCAAGGGAAGGAGGUGAUGCGCACGAUCUGACCCCCAAGUCCACCAGCACGACCUCUACCGCGUGGACAGCCAGCCAGCAUGCUCUUCAGACCACGCCCCAGACCGCCGUGACCUCUGAGCCAUCCACCACCAAGACAACCGGCACCCAGCCAAAGGCCAGGGGAAACAACACUACCACCACAACGCAGUCCAGCGCCAAGAGACCAACACUUCCACUCCCACCACCAGCGACCCACCCCCAGGUCGCCAGUAGUAGCCACGCGCACCCCUCCCCGCCUCCCCCGACCACAGUCACAUCCACAUCGAGAGCCCCGCUCAGCCCUACCGCGAGCACCACGAGCACAAGCACAAGCACCACCCACUACCAACAGAUCGCCAACGUCCGGGGCGGUACGCUCUCCAGCCAAAAGCCCGAGGGAUUCUUCUGGCAACUCGACAGCCACGGCUUCCCCUGCGCGCUGCGCAACUGCCCCAAGCGCUGCAACUCCUGGGAUGGCGUCACCGUGAUCUGCCCGGGGUGCGGCCCCUUCUCCGAGACCCGCUACUGCUGCCGCGACCACCUGCUGCAGGGCAUCAAGACGCACUGGCCCGUGUGCGGCGACCACGUCUUCGUGCACCCCUGCCGCGAGAGCACGAUCCCGCGCGACGUCCGCGAAGGUCCGCCCCUGAUCCCCUGCCUGCACAACUACGACAUGCCCGAGCGCCACCGCCAGGCGGUGUACUUCCGCAUGAACGAGCGCCAGGGCGACUACUUCAUCUUCGCCGACUGGGCCGAUUACGUGCGCGCCGGGUUCCCCGAGAACACGACCGCGGUGCGCUGCGCCAAGCGCGUGGUCUAUACCGUGCGCUUCGAGGAUCCCGAGGAGAAGGAUCGGUUCCGGCGUGUGCUGGCGAUUUGUUUGUUCGCGACGGUUGAGGUUCAUGCGCUGAUUGACUACAUGUACCGCCUCAUUCGUGAUCAACUCCGCGCCGCGAACGCAUCCAAGCAGCUUGAGGCCGCGCUACGCUACCAGAUCCAUGCGGAGACAAACGUGUCCAUCCAGCAGUACAUCACGGGAGAGCGCCACGCAUGUGCCACUGAUUGGGACGGCCGCAACCGCCGCAACUGUCCGGAUCAGGUGUGCCGGUCCGAGUAUCGUCGGCUCCUGGGUUCCUUGGGCGGAGGCGGUCUACGUGAAGUUGUGAGGAAUAUGGAAUCGACUUACUGGAUUCUCCGCGCCGCCAGAACCACUCAUCCGACAGUCAAAGACCCGAAGAAGCGCAUGCUCGGUGAGGGCUUCGAGGGCGUGGCGGAGGAGGAUCAGAGGGUCUUUCGACGUGGUGAUGGCUGGGAUGGCGCCGGUACCGGCAACAUGGAGAUCGAAGGUAUGAAUGAGGGUCCUGAAGAAGCAUGAUUGACGUUCAUGUCAACAUUGUUUGAUCCCGGCUCCUAGGCUCUGCGUUGUCGUGUUGGGUUUCCUGGUUCGUCCUGUUACGUUUGAGGGUGUUAACCUUUCUCAUCUAUGUUUGCUCUGGGUAUUAUCAAGGCAAGGUAAACGAAAUAUGAAGCGGAGGUUGCUUUUCACUUGUUAGUGCUCCGGCAGGAUGGAGAU